AUGCUACCUCAGGAAGAGCUUUAUUUGCCUCCACUACACAUCAAAGUAAGAGAUCAUCGACGCUUUGGCCGUAAACCCAUUGUAGGAACCCAUGUUGUAAGGAGUCUUCAUUCCUUCCUUUAUGAUGCAGUUUAUUAUAAUGAUGAAGAGAUUAGAAGUGAUGGAGGUCCACCUGAGACAGCUGUGGACAUCCUGGAGGAUGACAGAGGAAUAGGACAAGAUAAUCAUGCAGAAGAAGAUGAAACAAUUGACUGGUGGGCUAAAUACUAUGCUUCAAUUGGGGAACUGAACAAAGCUGGAAAUUACCUAGAAAAAGGAUAUGAUACCAUAGAGGUGUUUCCAGUAGAACUGGAGAAAAUUGAUCCAUUUAAGGGUUUUAAGGAUUUUUUAAAUACCUUUCCUUUAAAACGUGGAAAGUCUAAAGAUCUGGAAGAAUCUGAAAUAGUAGGAGAGUUUAAGGGAACUAUAAGGGUUUAUCCCCUUCCACAUGACCCCAAAGCCACUCAUCCAAAAUGCAUGUUGAAAGGGAUACCAAAAUCCACAGUAGAAGAAAUAACUGUGAGAGUGUAUGUCAUAAGAGCACUGGAUGUCACACCUAUGGACCCAAAUGGAUUGGCUGAUCCAUACAUAUCUAUAGCUUUAGGAAGGAGGAGUGAAGAUAAUCAUGAAAAUUAUAAACCCAAUACUGUCAGUCCAGUUUUUGGAGAGGUGUUUGAACUUUAUGGAACACUCCCAAUAGAUAAGGACCUGACUGUGUCUGUUUUGGAUUAUGACCUGAUCAGUGGAGAUGAUAUGAUUGGUCAGACAGUAAUAGACUUAGAAAACCGUUAUCUUACAAAGUAUCAUGCUACUUGUGGACUUCCCAAAACUUACCAAAUUUCUGGCCCCUGUAAAUGGAGAGAUUGUAAAACACCACGUCAAAUCCUUUGGGACACAUGUGAAGUUCAUAACCUCCCAAGGCCUCGAUUCACUGACACAGAAACAAUGUACAUAGGAGAUACUAUUUACAAAAUAUCUGACUUUGAGAGAGAUAUACCAACCAACAUACACUUGGGUCCACCUGACCAACGAUUAGCACUUUAUGUCUUGCAUUUGAUGGAAUUGGUUCCAGAACACGUAGAAACACGGUCUUUAUACAAUCCUCUCACUCCAGGAUUAGAACAAGUAUGCAUUGCUUUGUAUAGAAAUUUGUCUAUGAGACCUAAAUUU